AUGGUUAAUCAUCCAUCUACUAAAGCAGAUGCGUAUUUCCUUUCUCAUGGGGGUCCACCUACGGUCGAACAGACUUAUUCUGAUCCAUUCAAGGCCUGGCAGACAUUCGGUAAGAUCAUCAACUCGAAUCCACCUAAAGGGAUAGUAGCGGUAUCUGCCCAUUGGGAGAAUGACAAAGGAUUAGGAGGAUCGGAAGGUGUGAUAGUCAAUUCAAACCCAUCUAAUCCAUUGAUAUACGAUUUCUACAAUUUCCCUAAAAGGCUAUACGAAUUGAAAUUCCGAUCAACCUUUACACCCGGAUUGGAAUCAACUGUGCUGGAUGCCCUGAGAUCCAGUGGAAUUUCGUUCUCUAGGGAAGAUAGAGGUUUCGAUCAUGGGGUAUGGAUCCCGUUCAAAGCGGCUUUUGGUGAAUCAACACAGAUACCAAUCAUCCAAGUUUCCCUACCUUCCUCUUCAGAUCCAAGAGCUUCAGUCAAACUGGGUAGAGCAUUGUCUAAAGUCCGGGAUGAAGGGUAUACGGUAGUAGCUACUGGUCAAUCGGUACAUAAUCUACGUGAUUUAUUCACCGGCCAAAGAAUGCCAUAUACCAAACCUUUUCUCAACCUACUUAAUCAAUCCCUCUCAUCACCUGAUCCAAUCUCCUCCACAAUCGAUAUAUUGAAGACACCGCUGUACAAGAAAUCUCAUCCUACCGACGAGCAUUUCUAUCCACUCUUCGUAGCUCUCGGGGCACUGGACAAGGAAGAAUACAGGAAUAGGAAAGAUCUGAUAAGUGGAGUGUGGGAUGCUCAAGGUAUGCCGGCGGAAGAUGAAGGGUUGGGAUGGAGUAUGUACAGAUGGACUUCUGCUUAG